GUCUCCGUCAUUUCCGGGUGUCAAUACGCGUCUAGGUACCGCAGCGAUAAGCAUCGGUAAGAUGUGAACUUGACAAAACGAUACAAAUCCGUCUCCUUAAAACAAAAAACACGGGCCGCCGAAAGCAUCAACGUUACAGCUAUCCUUUGUCCCCUGAACUAGCAGCGGAUUCUCCACCGACUGUCUGCCAUUGUUGCCCGAAUGGCCGCUGAGGUUCGGAGGGCCCUCGGCCGGGGCUGGUGUCCGACUCUCGGGCUGGCCCGUGUAGGCCUUUCCGGGACCAAACUGCGGUCUCUUCUCUUCCUCACAGUCCUCAGUGGACUGGUGCAUCUGCCUGCUGCCACGGAACCUAAAGAGUGCGAUAAAGCGUGCCUGAACGGCCUGUGCAACACAGCCAGCGGCGUGUGUGAAUGCGAGCCGGGAUGGGUUGGGGACCAGUGCCAGCACUGCGGCGGCCGCUUCAGGCUAAUGGGGCCCUCUGGCUACUUCUCUGACGGGCCAGGAAACUACAAAUACAAGACCAAGUGCACCUGGCUCAUUGAUGGACAGCCAAACUCUAUUCUGCGUCUUCGAUUUGAACAUUUUGCCACUGAGUGCAGCUGGGAUCAUCUGUAUGUGUACGAUGGAGACUCAAUCUACUCUCCUUUACUUGCUGCCUUCAGUGGUUUGAUUGUUCCUGAGAGCUAUAGCAACGAGACCAUCCCAGAGGUGGUGGCACAGUCUGGUUUCGCCCUGCUGCACUUUUUCAGUGAUGCUGCGUAUAAUCUCACAGGCUUCAACAUCUCCUACAGGAUGAACAUGUGCCCCAAUAACUGCUCUGACCACGGAGAGUGCCGCAUGGGGAAUUCCAGUGACGCGGUGCAGUGUGUCUGUGAAGAUGGCUGGAAAGGGGAGGCCUGUGAUGUCCCGUAUUGCUCUUCUGACUGCGGCUUCCCUCUGCGGGGAAUGUGCCAGAACAUUACCAAAAGAUGCCAAUGCAGACCAGGAUGGCAAGGCCUGGAUUGUUCAAUAACCAUACCAGCAAAUGUCUCGUUCUGGACACGUGAAGACAACAGCGGGCACGGCCUUGCACGGGCUUCCCACAAGGCUGUGGUGCAUAAUGACGUGAUGUGGGUGAUAGGUGGACAUGUGUUCAACUACACACACUACCAGAUGGUGACCGCGUUUAACAUCUCCUCUCAAAGAUGGAUGUCAUUAAACAGGUCCAUCAACACUGUAACUGGACGCUAUGGUCAUUCUCUUGCCCUGUAUGAGGACAAAAUCUACAUGUACGGAGGGAAGAUUGACUCCACGGGUAAUGUAACAUCAGAACUGUGGGUGUUCCACACAAAGAACCAGUCAUGGGUUCUGCUGAAUCCACGUGCUAAAGAACAGUUUGCUGUCGUGGGCCAUUCUGCACACACUGUACAUCUGCAGCCCGACGGAUCAGAACCAGUCAUACUGAUUGUCUUCGGACAUUGCCCUCUGUAUGGAUACAUCAGCCAAGUGCAACAGUACAACAUCGUGAAGAACACAUGGAGUGUUUUAGAGACCCGUGGGGCAUUGGUUCAGGGUGGCUAUGGGCACAGCAGUGUAUAUGACCCUCUUACUCACUCUAUCUACAUCCACGGAGGCUACAAGGCAUUCAAUGCCAACAAAUACGGCCUGGCCGGGGACCUGUACCGCUAUAGUGUGGACAAGAGAAUGUGGUCGAUUCUGAGGGACAGUGGUUUUUUCCGAUACCUCCACACAUCAGUGUUGGUUGGCGGGAGCAUGCUGGUGUUUGGGGGGAACACGCAUAACGACACCUCAAUGAGCCACGGAGCAAAGUGCUUCUCCUCUGACUUCAUAGCAUACAACCUGGCUUGUGAUGAGUGGACUCUGCUGCCCAAUCCAGAUCUUCAUCAUGACGUCAACCGCUUUGGCCACUCAGCUGUGUUUCACAAUGGGGUGAUGUACGUGUAUGGAGGCUUUAACAGCCUGAUGCUCAGUGAUGUGCUGCAGUUCACUCCUGCGAGCUGCGCUGCAUUCUCUGAGCAGCUGGAGUGUGUGACGGCCGUGCCUGGUGUCAGUUGUGUGUGGAACUCCACUACCUCCACCUGUGUGUCCAGGGAGGCAGCGGCGCCCUAUGACACAGAGAGCUUGAGAAGCAACUGCAAUCCCAGAAUGUAUGUUGACGGUGAAAAAUGUGAGCAAUAUGUAGACUGCUAUAGCUGUACAGCCAACACUAACAGCUGCCAGUGGUGCAACGCGGUCUGUGCGUCUGUCCAUGUCAACUGCACCGAUCCCCGACAGGGGUCGAUACUGGAUUAUGAGGCUUGUCCAAAGGAUAACCCUUCUUCUGUUUGCAAUAAGAGGACCAGCUGUAAAAGUUGUGCCACAGAUCAGAACUGCCAGUGGGAGGCAAGAAAUCAAGAGUGCAUCGCUCUACCUGGGAAUAUCUGCGGGGAGAGUUGGCAUCUCGUUGGGAAUUCGUGUCUAAAGCUUAUCACAGCCAAUGACACAUAUGACAAUGCUAAACUGGCAUGUCGCAAUCACCAAGCUGUGCUAGCUUCCCUCACCACUCAGAAGAAAGUCCAGUUUGUCCUCAAAGAGAUUCAUAACAGAUCAUUGCAGUUGGAAUUAGGGGUGACGCCAUGGGUGGGUCUGAGGAAGAUCAACGUCUCAUACUGGUGCUGGGAGGACAUGUCCCCCUUUACUAACUCCACACUACAGUGGUUGCCGGGUGAGCCCAGUGACGCUGGCUUCUGUGGGUACCUUGCUGAACCUACCUUCAACGGCCUGAAGGCGGCGACCUGUGUAAACUCUGUCAAUGGAAGUCUAUGUGAACGACCAACUAACCACAGUGUAAAGCAGUGUCGGACACCCUGUGCCCUGCGCUCUACCUGUAGUGAGUGCACCAGUGGGAGUUCAGAGUGCAUGUGGUGUAGUAACAUGAGGCAGUGUGUGGACUCGAAUGCCUAUGUGGCAUCCUUCCCUUAUGGCCAGUGUAUGGAGUGGUACACCAUGAACAGCUGCCCACCGGAGAAUUGUUCUGGCUAUAAGACGUGUACUCAGUGUUUGGACCAGCCUGGCUGUGGAUGGUGCACUGAUCCCAGUAAUACAGGUCGGGGCCAGUGUAUAGAGGGCUCUUACCGUGGACCAGUCCAGACACUGUUCCAUGCCCCGUCCUCAUCAGGCCCAUCCCUCAUUCUGGCCCCUCAGCCAAUGCUGAAUGUGAGCUUGUGUCCACUUGAGAGCAAUUACAACUGGUCCUUUAUCCAAUGCCCAGCGUGCCAGUGUAAUGGGCACAGUGCAUGUGUCAAUGAGAGUGUCUGUGAGAGAUGCGAGGACCUCACCAUGGGCAAUCAGUGUGAGAGCUGCAUCUCUGGAUACUAUGGUGAUCCCACAAAUGGAGGAAGCUGUCAACCUUGUAAAUGCAAUGGCCAUGCCAGCAAGUGCAAUUCUAACAACGGCAAAUGCUAUUGUACCACCAAGGGCAUCAAAGGAGACCGCUGCCAUCAGUGUGAGGUAGAAAAUCGUUACCAGGGCAACCCUCUGAAGGGAACGUGUUAUUACACUCUGCUGAUAGAUUACCAGUUUACCUUCAGUUUGUCUCAAGAGGACGACCGCUACUACACUGCCAUCAACUUUGUGGCAAAUCCUGAUGAGCAAAAUCGAGACCUGGACAUGUUCAUCAAUGCCUCUAAAAACUUUAACCUUAACAUCACAUGGGCAACCAACUUUGCAGCUGGGACUGCUGGUGAGGAAGUCCCUAUCGUCUCCCGGAGUAACAUAAAGGAGUUCAAGGAUAGUUUCUCCAAUGAGAAGUUUGAUUUUCGUGGCAACCCCAACAUUACCUUCUACGUCUAUGUUAGCAACUUCACCUGGCCUGUCAAAAUUCAGAUUGCUUUCUCUCAACACAGUAACUUCAUGGAUUUGGUUCAGUUCUUUGUCACAUUCUUCAGCUGUUUCCUGUCCUUGCUUCUGGUGGCAGCAGUUGUAUGGAAGAUCAAACAGAGCUGCUGGGCAUCACGCCGAAGAGAGCAACUCCUGCGAGAAAUGCAUCAGAUGGCCAGCCGACCAUUCGCCACCAUCAACGUCGCCUUGGAGACGGAUGAGGAACCGCCAGACCUGAUUGGUGGAAACGUGAAGUCUGUCCCUAAGCCCAUAGCUUUGGAGCCCUGUUUUGGGAAUAAGGCCGCAGUGCUCUCCAUCUUUGUUAGACUACCCCGGGGCCCAGGGGGCAUCCCUCCUCCAGGACAGUCAGGUCUGGCAGUUGCGAGUGCAUUAGUGGACGUAUCUCAACAAAUGUGUCUGGGAUAUAAGGAGAAGUCGGGCGGAUUGCGUAGUCGCAAGCAGCAGCCAUUAUCACAGCCCGCCACCUGCAUCUGACAUUUAGCCCUUGUCUUCUGACCCUGGACCCCUGCCAGGACUGAGUCACAGCAACACACACGUACUCACUCACGGCGGGGCCACAUUCACAGAAGCAAGGGGGCGUGGUUUAGUCCAAGCUGACUCUUGAUUAGAGAAACUGAAUCUCUCCUGGCCAAUAGAAUAAACCCAAGCUGGGAGAACGCUACAGAAGGAAAUGGACUCCUUCGUGACCCUGACUAAUAUUGGACUUAUCCUGGGCAUCUCUAUGAUAUUUAACUUAUUUCAGUUGUUUUAUUCCAUUUUUACAAUCAGGAGGAAUCCUUGCACUGCUGCAUAUGUGUAUUGAAGGCAACACACAAACUUACCUUCUAGAGACAGUCUAUGGCUGCAUGGCUAUAACUUGCGCGCACACACACACAUACGGGGAGGUGUUUUAGAGGCAAAUAUAUAGUGCAUUUUUGUCUCUUUAAUCAUGGCUCCUUUAGUUCAAUCGCUACAAAUUGGUUUUAUUUCUUAAUCAUUAAUCAUGUCUCUCAUUUUAUGUCUAAUGUACUAGCUCUCUGGAAAAAUAUAUGGUAUGACUUAUUUUUGAAUAUUUACAGGUCAUCUGUGCCAUCUCGACAGAGCUUUGUAUGUUUGUCUGAAUAAGAGGUCAACAUUUUUUACUUUUCACAUGCAAUCUAUGCUGAAUUACCUCCAUUCAUAUUUGUUUACAGAUCCAAGACAUUAGGGAAAGCGUGCACGCAUUCACCAUAGUGAUCACGCCGCUUGUGCUUUUACCAUUCAUCCUCAGCAUUUUUCUCAGUUCGCUCUGUCUUAUCUGAAAUCUCAGGCCAUUUCUCAGAUAACUUUCAGGAAAGAGGAAGGAAAGGUGAAAUAAACAGCAGAUGGCAAGCAACAGGGCAAAAUCAGAGCAAGCAAGGACCUUGUUUGGGUUUUUCGAAAUGUCAAAUGUAAUUUUUGGCAACGGAGGAUUAUCUGCAUACACACAUGCACAACCUGGCUGUGUGUUUGUAUACCUCUGGUGUUCUCGAGAAUAUGGAAUGGAUUGCAUAGUACAAAGGAAAGGUCAAAGAUGGAAUGAACAAAUGUGACAGUAUGAAAUCUAAACUGCUGUAAGUGCAUGUAGCAGCAUUGUCAUUACAUUUUUUGUCAUGCGUCUGUGCAUAUAACAGUCUAUGUUUAUCAGCAGGUGGGUGGAUGGCUAUAUCGAAAUGGCACAGAUGACCUGGUUGCCAGUUCUAGGUGCGAUUUGAGUGCCAUGAAUAAAGAGACCUGGGUCGCUGUGACAGUACAAAGCAUUCACUGCACAACAGCUAAUUCGACACAAACGGGAUGUUCUUAAUCUGUGAUCUCAAUGAAAAAUAAAUUCCCUGUGUGAGCGAUCAGGUGCAAAUGUACAGGUUAUCUCUGACUGAAUGGUACGCAGAGACUGUAUGAUUUUUACAUAACUGUUUUUUCAGAUAUAAGGGUUAGUUCACUUAAAAAAAAAUCUUCUUAAAAUUAUUUCAUUUACAGAGGCAGAAUAUGAGUCAUUCACUUUAAAUGCAUCUUUUGUGUUCCACGGAAGAAAGAAAUUAAUUCAGGUUUGGAACAACAUCAGGGUGGUUAAAUUAAAGCAUUUUCAUUUUUGGGUGAACUGUCCCUUUAAGAAUGGUUAAAUAUAAUGAAAAUGGCCCUAAAGGGAAAUCACAUGCAUACACACACAAAUGGUCUAAUGAAAGGAGCUGGUCUCUCUUACUUAAUAUGGUACAUUCUCAAAAUGCUUUUCACUGUAAGCCUCAAACAGUAACUUCUCCAAGCACACACACAUGCUGACUGCACCAUCUAUAUACAGUGAUACUGUAGAUCUGGAGUCUGUAGUUUGUUAAUAUGUAUAAUGUAGCAGAGAGUGCAAUCAUGUUUUUUUGUAAAUAGUGAUGGACAGUAAUUUGAAUGCCGUCUCUGUUAAGCAACUUACUGCACUUGAUGGGUGGAGUAUCCUGGUCUUUUCAAAUGUGACUGCAUUGCAGCUUCUUUUGUAUGUAAGAUGGAGAAGGUCAUGAACAAACUUUAAACUAGCCACCCACUUUAAAGAAAAAAACAAAAGACCUGCAAAUUUAAACUGACCUUGUAAUUAUACUUGUACAUAAAGAAUGGCAUAGAGCAUUUUGUCUAUAAUUAAAUGGAAAAAGGAACAUGACUCUGUAUAUCAAUUGUUCUUUUGUGAAAAGUGAAUGGUGCAAAUUACAGCAUUCUUUGUUAGUUUUCUCACCCAUAAUUUAUUUAAUGAGUUAAUGAGCUCCCUUUGGCUGUCUUUUUUACUAAUGGCUAAUUUAUGUUGCCCAGGGGGGGAACAGCACACACACACACAUUGCAUAACACAUAUACAUUUAAUGUACAGCAUUUUAUCUCCGUACCAUUAUUUGUGGUGUUUGCUAAUGCAAGCGUGACUAUUAAUGUGAUUGCAGGGAAAGUGGGACACUUUCUAAUAAUUAUGUAGGCUUGACAAAGCCAGUAAACUGUUAUUCUACAGAUUUGGUAUAGGGUCUUUCCAAAGUCUCUAAACCAAAACAAAUAUUAUCAAUUGUUACUCCUAGAACUUGCAAGCUUCAUCUUCCAAACUCGGCACAGACCUUCAGACUGUUUUGAUUUUGUCCACAUCCAUAUAGUUUUCAUAAAUCUCAUGGUCUGUCUGUCUAUAUGUCUAUUGGUUUGUCUGUCUGAAUUUAGGGCCUGUGAAAACUUCAACCUUUUAAAGUUUGAACUUUCAGACAAGGCUUUCUUAAGUUUUAUAUUUUUAAAUUGAUUUAAAAAUAUAAUCUAAAAGGCUACAUCAGUGUCAUCCUAUACUAGUUUAAGAUUAACUUAAUGUUGAUUUUGUAAUGGAAGAAUAUAAACAGUGAUAGAUGAUUAAGCUUGUGUCCCACUUUACCUGUAUUUAGCCUUAUUGUUGUUUAUACUUAACAUUAGAGAUCGGAGUAAAACCUCUAACCCUAAAAUUAAACUUCUGGCUUCUUUAAACCAUCUAACUUGGGAUUUUUGCCUGACAAGUGAUUAAAUUGGUGAGAGAAAAAAAUCCCAUAGACUUGCAUUUAGCAACCAGAAUAUUAUAAGUUAGGCUGUUUUGAUUGGUGCUAAAAGCGAAUGUAAAUGGUCUAUGAUUGCUAUGGAUAAAUCAACAAAGCUACCUCCCUACCUUAAACCUAAUCGAUAGUAUCAUAUCAAGCUAAAGUCAGAUGAAAAACGCAAUUGCUGUAGCAACAAUGUAAUUUUGCACCUUCUAUAAUACUUUUGUCUCACGUGUCAAUUUGCAUGCUCUUCAGAACUCAUACUCCAGUCCUUGCAUCAAAAAGUUCAUCACUCUAUGAGUUGAUCAUCUGGGCAAUUUGAUCAUGCUUAAUUUCACAAGCUUAUAAAUGUUGUUGGUAAUGUAAAGCAAACAGUCUCAACUUCCAAGUCAUGUGCUAUAGCAAAAGUGUUUAAAAUAGCAUUGAGU